CAAGAUGAUUAGCUUAGGUGCAUCCCGUGUAAAGCUCAUACCACUUCUGGCUUUUCUGAUCUUCUCAUGCUCCUUGCCAUUAGCAACUAGCGAUGACACUGAUACUGAUCGACAAGCCCUCCUCUGCUUCAAGUCUCAAAUCUCUGAUCCUAGUGGAGCCUUAGUCUCUUGGAGCAACAUAUCCCUUAACUUCUGCAACUGGAAAGGUGUUACAUGCAGCGCACAGACCCCAUUUCGAGUCAUGGCACUAAACCUGAGCUCUGACGGUCUUAGUGGCCCAGUACCACCUUGUGUAGGCAACCUGAGUGCCAUUAGAAGCAUUGACUUGUCAAACAAUACAUUCCAUGGAAGCAUCCCAACUGAACUUGGGAGCCUGAGCCAAAUCACCUACCUCAACCUAAGCAUCAACUCUCUUGAUGGACGCAAUAUACCGUCAUUGCUAGGCAGCAGCCCAUCUCUUGUCUAUCUCGAUCUUGGGUCUAAUCAUCUAACAGGAGGAAUACCAGAGUUCUUGGCAAAUAGCUCAUCUCUUCAAGUGCUUAGGCUCAUGCAAAAUAGCCUUACUGGGGAGAUCCCCCCUUCGCUCUUCAACACUUCCACUCUGACUACCAUUUACCUCCAGAGUAACAAAUUAGUUGGCCCCAUACCAACUGUCACAGGAACUGCUGCACCUAUUAAAAUGCUAAGUCUAGCCCAGAAUAGUCUUACAGGUGAGAUACCAGCCUCACUGGGAAACCUUUCCUCCCUGAUUCGUUUGUCGCUUGCAGUAAAUAACUUGGUGGGAAGCAUUCCAGAAAGCUUAAGUAACAUCCCUUCCCUUGAGAGGUUGAUUCUCACAAUCAACAACUUGUCUGGACCAGUGCCUCAAUCUAUUUUCAACAUGUCUUCUUUGAAAUUUCUAGAGAUGGCCAAUAACUCACUCACCGCACGGCUGCCACAAGACAUUGGCUACAGGCUUCCAAACCUGCAGAGCUUGAUUCUGUCAAAAACACAAUUGAGUGGGGGGAUUCCGGCUUCUCUUGCAAAUGGAUCCAAACUAGAAAUGAUUUAUCUUGUCAGCACUGGACUUAGUGGGACAAUGCCAUCCUUUGGGUCCUUACCAAACCUACGGGAGCUUGAUCUUUCCUACAACCAGCUUGAACCAGGUGAUUGGAGCUUCCUCUCAUCCCUUGCAAACUGUACUCAACUAAAAUGGCUAUUCUUGGAUGGGAAUGGUAUGCGAGGAAGUUUGCCAAGUUCUAUUGGCAACCUUCCCUCGCAACUGGAGUGGCUAUGGCUCAAUCAAAACAAAUUUACUGGAGGAAUUCCAAUGGAGAUAGGAAACCUUAGGAGCCUCAAAGUGUUGUAUAUGGAUCUGAACCUGUUCACUGGCAGUAUACCACCUGCCAUAGGAAAUUUGAGCAAUUUAUUGGUUCUAAGCUUUGCACAAAAUAACCUUUCUGGACAUGUUCCUGACUCUAUUGGCAACCUUGACCAACUAACUGAGUUUUAUCUGGAUGGGAACAACUUCAGUGGGAACAUACCUGAAAGUUUAGGCAAAUGGAGACAAUUACAGAAACUGAAUGUCUCUCACAAUUCCUUCAAUGGAAGCAUCCCAAGUGAGAUCUUCAAUAUCUCAUCACUUUCACAAAGCUUGGAUUUGUCAAACAAUUUCUUUACUGGGCCCAUACCGAUGGAGAUCGGCAGACUCAUCAAUCUUGGAAGCAUUACUAUUUCCAACAACCGCUUGACUGGUGAUAUUCCAUCUACUCUGGGCAAGUGUGUGCUUUUGGAAUUUCUUCGCAUGGAAGGGAAUUUUCUUACUGGAAAUAUUCCAGAAUCUAUCGUGAACUUGAAAAGCAUCAAGGAAAUGGAUCUCUCUAGAAACAAAUUAUCAGGGAAAAUUCCAGAGUUCCUCACCUUGUUGAGUUCUUUGCAGGCACUCAAUUUGUCACUAAAUGAUUUUGAAGGACCAGUACCAUCAAGUGGUAUCUUUAGCAAUUCCAGCAGAGUGUUCCUUAAAGGAAACCACAGGUUAUGUGCAAAUACUCCAAGGUCAAGCCUGUCCCUUUGCCCAGAAUUGGGAUCAAAGGGGGAAAACAAAUCUGUUGUUUUGAAGAUAGUGAUCCCGAUUGCAGUGUCAGCUGUUGUAAUUUUAUUGUUAUGUUUAGUUGUCAUUCUUGUCAGGAGAAGAAAAGAGGAACCAAGUUUGCAGCACUCCAGUGUGCACAAAGAGAAAAUAACGUAUGAAGACAUUGCCAAGGCUACAAAUGGGUUCUCUCAAGUAAACUUGGUUGGCUUGGGAUCCUUCGGUGCUGUUUACAAGGGGAUUUUGCUUUUUGAGGAUGAUCCGGUUGCUAUUAAGGUUUUUAACCUUAACCAGUAUGGAGCACCCAAAAGCUUUGUUUCGGAGUGUGAAGCAUUAAGAACUACUCGCCACCGGAAUCUUGUCAAAGUCAUUACUUUAUGCUCUACAGUUGAUCCUACUGGCUCAGAUUUUAAAGCACUUAUCUUUCAGUAUAUGCCUAAUGGGAGCCUUGACAGGUGGCUACACCCCGAGGACCAUGGUUAUGACAAGAAAAGAUUCCUGAGUUUGGGGGAAAGGAUUAACAUGGCCCUGGACAUUGCAUAUGCUUUAGAUUAUCUCCAUAACCAAUGUCCAACUCCAAUAAUACAUUGUGACCUGAAGCCGAGCAAUGUUCUUCUAGAUCUUGAAAUGACUGCAUAUGUCAGUGACUUUGGGUUGGCACGAUUCAUGUGUACUACUUCAAUUGCAGUGCCUGCUAAUUCUACAAGUUUGGCCAACCUCAAAGGAUCCAUUGGAUAUAUUCCACCAGAAUAUGGCAUGGGUGGACCCAUCUCAUCGAAGGGUGAUGUAUACAGCUAUGGAGUUCUUUUGCUAGAGAUGUUCACUGGAAGAUGCCCUACUGAUGAGAAAUUCAAGGAUGGCAUGAGCCUCCACAGACAUGUGGCAACCAAUUUUCCUGAUGACGUAGCAGAGAUUUUAGACCCAACUAUGCUUACAAAUGACAUAGAUGGUGGAAAUUCGGAAAUGAUACAGAGCUGUGUCCUCCCAAUGCUAAAGUUGGGCCUCUUGUGCUCCAUGGCAUCGCCACGAGAUCGAUUAGGAAUGGCACAAGUUUCUGCUGCAAUACUCGACAUCAAACAUGUGUUUCAUGAGCUUUACAGUGGGGGAAUCAGCAUGAGUGAUAUGUAAAUAUAGUCGACAUAUGCCAUACGUAACAAAAUAAAUGUUCUGCACUUAGGUCAGUCCUCUUGUUGGUUCCUAAAUUGGUAAUGUCUGUGGAACACUAGUAUAAUUCAGCACUACUAUGUAAAUCUACCUUUCAUGUCAUACUAAUUGCAUGACUGAUUGUCCUCUUGAUCCUAACAUGUACAGCACUGAUCCGUGCUUUACUCUCCUCUUGGUUCCCCUCCAAAAGUAAUGAAAAACCUUGUACUAAA